CAAUCAUAUUCGAAUAAUUAGGAGGGUACUUGUAUGUUUUAUUCCAUUGUUUUGCAAUUUCAUUACAGUUCUGUUGCAUCACUAGUCUUUAAAAAUAUUAUAAUAUUUUACAUUAUUUUGUCGAGAUAAUUAAUCGUCACCACUUAUUUGUUCAUAAAAACAUAUAUUCCAUACUAUCCAAGAAAUGCAGAUAUGUUGCCAAUCACUGCAUCAGCCAAUUCUCCCACCAUAUUGCGUAGCAAUGUCGAAUAAUUUACUCUAUAACAUUGAAAACGACAGACAUGGAAGGAGAGAGCAUUGAUGAGGACGAUGAUGUUGUGAUUGAGGGCAGUGAUUUACAUGAUGCAUUGAUCAACAUGGGAUAUACAGAUUUUGAAAGUGCAAUAGUAGCUAGGAGUGAGUUGCCAGAUUCCUUAAAUGAUUUCAAAAUAAAGAUACCAUCAACGGCUAACCCAAAUAUUUACAGUUGGUUAAUCAAUAUUUAUCGAUAUGUAAUGCAGGAUGAGCACAGUUCAAGAAAACAGUUGCAAACAAUUUUGCAAACAAAACCACUUUUAGAUGAUCAUAGAUCAGUAAUACAAAGUUUGAUCAGUGAGCAUAAUAAUACAAUUUGGAGCAAAAUUUUUUCAACACUUCCAGUAGUUAGUUCGACCAUCAUAAUAGCAACAGGUAUCUUGAUUGCAAAACAGAAAUCGAAAUUAGCCCUGAUAGUUGGCUUGCCAGCAUUGAUUAUUGCAGCUUACACUAAAUACAUACGCUGGUCUGCAGAAAAAGAUUUAAAGCAUCUUGUAUCUUUAGAGAAUGAUUUGUAUUAUCUUAGCAAACGACUUCUGAAAAUUGUUAGACAUGGUUACAGAAUGAAGGUUCAUCUGAAAGAUCGUGAAUCGAAAUUCACCGAUUUUGGAGCAGAACGAUUAAAAUAUGUGCAGUCAUUAACGGAAAUUUUCAUAAGCACGCUGGAGCAUCAGUCAAUUGAUAAUUAUCGGGUUUCGUUAAUUGUUGCUAAAUGUCUUCCUAGUUCAAUUAAUAGCAACGAAUUAGUAACGAAUUUUGAAAGAAGCACACUUGUUACAACGGGUGAAAUCACGUAUUCAGUAUUGAAACGCCUGUAUUACACGUAUAUCUUAAUUCAAUCAGAAAUGCUGCAACUAUUAGCAAUUGCAUACAACAGUAACACUUGGAGUGGCCAUGGUAAAAUUCAAGAAAUAAAACUAUCUUUGAUCAUUAAAAGUUUAGUGGAUUCUUUGACAAAGUACAGUGGAAAAUUAAGAAAGGUGGUUGAUGAAUAUAGUAAUUGUCAAUUAAAAAUUAUUCGCCACGAAUACAAGGGAUUAACGGGAUCAAGAUGGCAGGAUUUAUACAUGCAUUUAGAUUUAACUUCUCAUAAAAUACAAAUCGUCUACAAUCAUAUAAUGUCAAUCCUCCAGGAUAUCGAUGUGUAUGAAGAGAUUCAAGGAUUGGAAUCCUCCUUCCUGGAAUCAUUAAAAGAAAAGAUAAAUGAAGUGCAUAAGAAGAUUGAUACUGCUAAGAGUUUUGCAGAAACGAGUAGUUUGCUUAUUGCCAGGAUGCAAAAUGUUAAUCAAGAAAAAUUGUCGUGCGAUGAAAAAUCGUUAUUGAUACCUAUAAUGACACCGGAUGUACCGGUAAUCAAGGAUUCAGCUCCUCAAAUAAUGGAUGAAGUAUUUGAGGAAUAUAUCAAGGAAGAAUAUUUGAAAUCGCUAUACGAAGAUGGUGAUGAUGUCCUGCAGGAAAAAUACAAACUGGAUAAGUCUUUAGCUAAGAAUUUCAUGGGCGAAUUAAAAGAAGUAUUGAUCGAAAAGCAGAAGUCGAUGACGGAGCGUGAAUUAAAGGCUCUGCAAAGAAUGUAUAAAAAUGUUGAAGUCAGAUCUGCAGCAGACGAUGUAGAAAAUGUCGACAGUACAGAUUCAGAAAUUCAUAAAAAUUCACAAUUAGUUCCUAAACAAUCACAGUUGCCUGUGACUGUUAAAAAUGAUAUAUUGAAUCCAGGAGAAGGAGAAGGAGAAGGAAGAAAAUAUCAUAAGCCUGUUUCUCUUCCACGAAAAAGACAAGAAGUGCCUCCUAGUGAAUUAAGAAACUGGGCUGAUAAUCCUCAGAUUUCUGAAACUCAUGCUAAGCUCCCAGAAAAUCUCAAUUCGUCUCGAGAUAUCGCGGUACCACCGAUACCACCGCCUCUUCCUCCUGCAGCGAACAAUGAAGAUGUAGAAAAAUGUCCAUUGGCUAUAUUGGCAUUGAAUACUCGAGUGCAUGCGUUCUUUAAUCUAUCUGAAGAGACUUUUGUUGGUAGCGGAGAAAACUCUGAAGAGGAACUUGUAGAUAUAGAAUUGGACAAUAUUUCUGUUCUUUAAUGUGUAUAAAAAGUUACUAAUGUAAAAGUAAUUUACUGGGAAUUAUUACUCUAUAAAAAAUAUGUAGAAAUAAAUACUUCACCCAAUCUGUCUUUUAUGGUUGAUUAUAGGUUUUAUUAAUUAAAGUUUCAUCCUCAUUGGAAGAGUCAGCCAUAAGGAAAGGAAGGAGUUAAAGAUUCACUAAUUCUAUCUAAAAAAAAAAAAAAAUUAUAAUAAAAUAUGUGGGAUUUAG